AUGGGACCACCCUUUUGGAUCACGUCUUCUCAGAGUGCGACCAGGAUUUGGAUGGGCUGCUGCUGUGCGAGGACUUCCAGGAAUUCGUCCUCCGCGGUCUGCAGCCGCUGCUCAAAGGCCAUGGUGCAUCCUAUGGCCGGGCCCUCGCGGCUUGGCGCAGACCAGGCCUUCACCGCACACCAGGCAUAUCCCCGGCCUGUGCCGAAAGCGGCGGAGGAGGUCACCAAGCUACCAGCAGCAGAUGCUCCAUCGACUGUCAUCAGCGCCGCGCCGGUGCUGAAGGAUCCAUCGGGAAAAUCCCGGGCCGUGGGCUUCGCAAACGUUGCAAUGGUACCCAGCGCUCGAGACAUGACAGACUUGCUGAAGGAGUACACGUUCCCGGAGAAUGAUGCUGCUUUGGGACGUGGUGCUUUCGGCACAGUUAUGAAGGUGACCCACAACGGCACUGGCGAGGUGCGGGCCAUGAAGGCGGUGCGCCUAUCGGAUGGUGCGGAUUCCGCGCAGCUUCGGGAGCUGGUGGAGUUGGAGAUCUCCAUGCUCAAGAGCCUGGAUCACGUGAAUUUGCUGCGCCUCCAUGAAGCCUUCCGCGAUUCCGAGAGUUGCAUGUACCUGAUCACUGAGCUCUGCGCCGGCGGCUCGCUGGCAGAACGCUUGGAGCAACAAAGGACGCUCCGCAAGCCAAUGUUGGAGGGCAUGGCAGCGGCCUAUGCCGAGCAAAUUCUGAGCGCUGCCAGCUACUGCCAUGAUCGAGGAGUGCUUCAUAGGGACCUGAAGCCGGAGAACGUCCUGUUCUUGACGCCGCGCUCGGACAGUCCCGUGAAGGUCAUCGACUUCGGGCUGUCCGACACCAUGGAGCGAAUUCGGCAGAACUGCACGCAGGAGAUCCAUGAUCGUUCCGGUGCUCUCGGCGCAGUGGCUCGACUGCUGCCAAAGUUGCCUGGAGGACUGGAGAUUUUAGCAACAAAGGAGACGAAAGAGGUAAUGCAGCGAGCUGGAACGCCUCACUACAUGGCUCCAGAGGUCUACACGGGUAUGUACGGCGACAGGGCCGACGUCUGGUCGAUCGGGGUGAUCCUCUUCGAGAUGCUUUCGAAUCGCCAUCCCUUCUACACCAGUGGAAACGACCUGGAAGCUGUGAAGCGCCGCAUCUUGAGCCCGGAGGGGGCCGACUUCUGUGAUCCCUCUUGGGGCGAGGUGACCGCGGCUGCGCAAAGAGCCUGCAGGGAAUGUCUGAUGUCGGACCCAGAUCGGCGACCAUCUGCUCAGCGCAUGUUGGCACAUAAGUGGUUUGACACAGUGCCUCGGCUGGCUUUGGGCAUGUCCGGAGGCAUGGACAGUGGACGCUCAGGUUUCUUGGCCUUGGCCAGAUCACCACCGCGGAUUGCGGCUUCGCAGGCCUGGGGGAACAAGGGUCUUGCAAAAGCGAGUGGGCAACACAAGAUGGGAUUCUGUGAGCCGCAGGGUGCCUUGCACCGGUUAGCUGAGAGCCCUUGGGAGAAGCAGGAGACCUGCUACAUCACCCUCCUCAAAGUGCUCAACAACAUCGUGGAGCACCCGGCAGAGGCGAAGUUCCGGCACCUGAAAACCUCCAACGCCGCGCUGCGGGCCAAGGUUUUCGAUUUGCCGGGCGCCAAAGAGUUCCUUCUUAGCUGUGGCUUCACAGAGGAGGAGGGUGGAGAGGUGCUGGAUUGUCCGGCUGGGCAAGAAGCCAAGAUUGCCGCAGCUCGGGACUGCCUCAAGAAGCACGCCGAUGACGAGAAGAUGAACGAAUUGCGGCGCCAGCGCGACUUGAAGAUUGCCGAGGAGAAGGCGAAGUCGAAGAGAGAUCCCUUCACAUGCCACAAGGAGUUGGCGACCACAGAAGAAGAGAAAGCAGAGCUGCGGAAGGCACUUGAGCGCGAUCGACUAGAGCUCGCAGCAGAGAUCGCGGCACGGGGCCCAACGCAGGCGUCCAAGGCAACCGACUUGAAGUUCGGCGCCCACGAAGCGCGGCCAGACUGCGGCAAAGCUGGUGGCUGA